GUUUGGGUUUUGGAUGCUCCACGAAAGUUGUCUCCAAAAAAGAUUACUAAAAAUUUUUUGCAGAUUUUAGCAUCGUGGAUCAAUUUCCGUAAGGUUUCGUUAUGAACACCAAACGCAUCAAACCGGAUCCGGAUCAGGGAGGCGGCGUUCGGAAGGUCCUUCGAACUACGACGACAACGACGACGGUGGCAUCGGAUGAAGCAGCGAGUUCUUCGAGGAAUAAAGUUCCGGACACCCGUCCCACGAAACAACAAACGCAGCAGCAGCGGAAAGUCGUGAUAAAGGUGCAACCCGAGCCGGAAGUGGAAGAACUGGCCGUGGUGGAACAGGAGGAGGCUGAGGGAGAGGAGCAAGGUUGCUUUUUUGUGGACCAGAAGGGCAAUUAUUACUACAAAGCCGACGACGAUGCGGAACCGAUGCUGACGAAUCUGGGCACGGAUGUGAGCGACGCGUUCGGCGAGCUGGACGGGAACCUGAUCAAAGACGUGGAAAGUGACCGUUACGUGCUGAUUAUGGACGAGGACGAACAAAGGUCCACGAUACUGCCGGAUGAUGGCGACCAGCAGGCGGACGAUAAUGAGGUUUACGAGUUCGAGGAGCAUGAAUAUGUGAGCCCGGAUACGAAGGUUAAGAAGCCGCCGCGCAAGAAGGGAGGCUCGGCGGGUGCAUCCACCUACAUGUGCAACUACUGUAACUACACGAGCAACAAACUGUUUCUACUAUCGCGCCAUCUCAAAUCCCACUCGGACGAUCGGCCCCACAAGUGUUCGGUGUGUGAGCGAGGCUUCAAGACGCUGGCCUCGCUGCAGAACCACCUGAACGCGCACACCGGCACCAAGCCGCACCGCUGCAAACGCUGUGAUUCUUGCUUCACCACUUCCGGCGAGCUGGUUCGCCACGUUCGCUAUCGCCAUACGCUCGAGCGGCCCCACAAGUGUACCGAGUGUGAUUACUCGAGUGUCGAGCUGAGCAAGCUGAAGCGCCACAUCCGGACGCACACGGGCGAGAAACCGUUCCAGUGUCCUCACUGCACGUACGCGUCGCCGGAUAAAUUCAAACUCACGCGCCACAUGCGUAUCCAUACCGGCGAAAAACCGUACUCCUGUGAUGUGUGCUUCGCGCGCUUCACGCAAUCCAACUCACUGAAAGCACACAAACUGAUACAUCAAGUCGGCGAUAAACCCGUUUUCCAGUGUGAACUGUGUCCGACGACCUGCGGCCGGAAGACGGAUCUGCGCAUACAUGUGCAGAAGCUGCACACAUCGGAUAAACCGAUCAAAUGUAAACGAUGCGAUGGCAGCUUCCCCGAUCGCUACUCGUACAAGAUGCACGCCAAAACGCACGAGGGGGAAAAGUGCUACAAGUGUGACUACUGUCCGUACGCCUCGAUCUCGUUGCGCCAUCUCGAGUCACAUCUGCUGCUCCACACCGACCAGAAGCCGUUCUCGUGUAGCCAUUGCACCCAGACGUUCCGCCAGAAGCAGCUGCUGAAGCGCCACAUUAAUCUCUAUCACAAUCCGGACUACGUGCAGCCGGAGCCGCGCGCCAAGACCCACGUGUGCCCGAGCUGUCCGCGCCGCUUUCGGCACAAGGGGAACCUCAUACGGCACAUGUCACUGCACGAUCCGGAAUCGACCAUGCACGAGGAGAAGAUGGCACUGCGUGAGGGUCGCCAGAAGAAGGUGCACAUUUUGCUCGAAGAGGAGAUCUAUGAGGACGAGGAGGAUGAUGAGGUGGACCCGGAGGAGGAGGAGGAGAAUGGCGAAGAUGUUGAGGACCAGGAGCACGCACAGAUGUCAUCGUCAGUGAGCGAUGUCGUUGCGGGCGAGGAAGACGAUGGACAGUUUGUGCUACUAGAGGUCAUACGGCUACAGGACAAAGACAAGCCGGCGAAAGCACCAAAGACCGCGACACCGAAGGAACCGUGUCGUCGUUCUCCACGAACGAGGGCAGCACAGCCGGUAUCGGUGGCUUCUGCAACCGGAAGCCGCACUAAAAAACCAUUAUUGCACAACAUUAAGUUGGAACAGAUGUCAAUGGAAGUGCGAGGAGACGACGAUGAUCUGGACGUGGAUAACACCGAGUUGGAGCUGGUUCCGGCCCAGGACGAGGACGACGAUGACGAUGGUCAGCAUAUUGUGAUCCAACAGAGUGGCGAUGAAUCCGAAAGCGAGUUUAUUCUCACAGCGGAAGAUUUGGAAGACGCCGAAAUGCUAAUGUCAAUACCGGCAUCGAAACGAAGUCGCUACGAUAUCAGCACGAUUCAAGUAACCCAGUCGGAGAUGGAAAAGAACAUGAGUACUUGCUUUGGCUUUGAGGAUGACGAUGAUGAGGAAGACGACACAGUGGAUAACAAAGGAACGAUCACUCUACUUAACUAAAGUGGCAUUGCUCUUCGCAGCUCAGCAGGACAAGAGGGAUUUUACAUGACUGGUUGCGCUCCCCUGCGAGAUAUCCACAUUUUACAUACUUGAUCACGUUUAGCUUAUGAUGGCCUUUGGGAAGAAGAAUCCUUUCUUCGAUCGUUUUGCAGUAAAACUAAGCGUAAGUUUAUGAAUAACAUGAAUUGGACCAGUAUGCAUCAUUCAGCCAUACUGUGCGUGUAUUGACCUUCAAGCGUAAAGUAAAAUAAAAAGUAAACUCAUAUCUAAUCUAAUCUUA